AUGGUGCAGACGAAGGAGGUGGCGAUCGGGGGCUUGCUGCUGCUGGCGUCGGUGGCGACGACGUGUGUGUUCGAGUCGGCUCUAGUGCGCAGCGUCAAGAGCUUCGAAGAGGGCCGAUCCGUCGCGAUUUCUCUCUCCAAACCGGAGGUUUCGGCGGCAAAUGAGGGCCAACUGGUCCACGUGUCGGGGUUGAUCACCACCACAGCGCCCACGCCCAGUUCCCAAUUGAAUAAACGCGACUCUGAUGCUCUACAGCUGCGGCAGAGCCCAUUCGUGCUGGACCCGACGUUUGGCGUCGCUGUGAAGGGCGUGCGACUCCACCGACACGUUGAGAUGCUGCAGUGGGUGGAGACGUCGCACACUUCCACGAGCAGCACGCCCGAGGACGAGGAUCGGCGGUUUGACGACGACCGGGAGCGGAUCUACAUGUACGACUUGCGGUGGAGAGAGGAGUCCAUUGACAGCAUAGAGUUCAACGACCCGAGCUACGGCAACCCGCCGGCUGAAGCGUGGAAGUACAGGUCUCUGGUGGUGAAGGCGAAGGAUCUUGUCGUUGGAGAGUUUUCGUUACCUGAUGGGCUGGUAGAUCAAAUUCAACGUAGAGAUGCGGUGCACUUGGAUGCUGAUAGUCGACGGGUGAUGGCGAAUUUGCUGGAUCAGAGGGAGGGAGAAGCGUGGGGAGACAAAAGUGCGCUGGCCAAUGUGAGCGUGGAGGAAGACUUUUUCUACUUGAUGCCGGAGAUGAGAGACCCUGUUUUGGGGGAUCAGCGAGUGCACUUUGAGGUGACGCCCAAUUACCCGGUGACGGUGUGCGCGAGGCAGCGAGGGAACGAGCUGGUGCCGUUUAAAACUACUGCGGGCGACUCGCUGCACCUGUUGGAGGACGGGAUCAUGAGUUCCGAUGAACUCUUUGACAAGAAGACGCAGGCGGAGGUGCGCAAGAACCGCUUCUUCCGACUGUUUGCAGGUGUCCUGGGCUUUGUGGGCUUCCUGGUGCUGCGCCGACCGCUUCUCGAGCGGUUUGGUCCGUUGUUAGCUGGGGUUCAGCAGCACUUGCUUGCGAGCAGCAUGAGCGCUGCACUCACGUUCUCGGCCGUGGGGGCGUUUUGGAUUCUGUACAGACCGCUGUGGGCACUCGCGCUGUGGUUCGGUGGCUGGGCGCCUCCGCUCGGCCUCUUCCUUUUCUCCCGCGCCAAGCGCCAGCUCAAGAAUCAAUAG